UCUCUAAUACAAAAGCUUCCUUUGGCAAUUCUCCUUAGCGAUCUUGAGUGUAGUAAGACUGAGCGAUCUUGAGUAUAGUAAGACUGACUUGUGUACUUAGUUUAAGAUUAAGGACGUGACACCAUAGAAGCAAAAUCGAGCACAACUAUAUAUUUGCUUCAUGUGUUAGUUGUCUGCUUCCGAUUCUAAGGCCAAUAAUAAAGAAGCUUAACUCAAAUUCACUAUUUAUCAUUUAAUUUCUCAUAUAUACCUGAUAUAGCAAUUCUAUUGCUAAAUUCAGCACUAUCGCACCGCCAUCGUCAGCUCCAAUAAGUGGUGCCAAAAGCUCAUUAGUAACAUACACGUAUGCGUAAUGCAUGCGGCGUUGUGCAUUUAUUUCAUCUCUUCAACAGCUUCCCUUAUUUGUCUCGUUUCAGAAACUACAGUCGUUUACUUGCACCUCCUUUCCACUUGUCGUAUAUAUAUCGUUCGAGUCUCCCCUAGAGCAAGGUGGGAAGUUCUUGGAGGGAAUGCCGGGAUCUAUUUGGAAACAGUCUCUCUACCCUAGGGUAGGGUAAGAAUUGAGGUUCAAUUGAAAUACUCUGCCCGUAAUUUCACAAUUAUCGACAAGGAUGGGGCUUUUGGAUCUCUUCAUCGCUGCAUCAAUGCCGGUCCUUAAAGUGCUUUUGAUUACGGCACUUGGAUUAGUACUUGCUCUGGAUCGUAUCGAUUUACUGGGAGAAGAUGCAAGAAAGCAUUUGAAUAAUAUCGUCUUUUUUGUAUUCAAUCCAGCCCUUGUCUCCAGCAACUUAGCCAAAACGAUCACAUCUGAAAGCAUGAAAAAAUUGUGGUUCAUGCCUAUCAAUAUUCUCUUCACCUUUAUUAUUGGUUCAAUUCUUGGUUGGGCAGUCAUUCAAAUUACAAGGCCUCCUCAACAUCUACGUGGACUGGUUGUUGGCUGUUGUGCUGCAGGAAACUUGGGUAACAUGCUUCUCAUUAUCAUUCCAGCUGUUUGUAAAGAGAAGGGGAGCCCUUUUGGGGAUCCUGGUAUUUGUCACACAUAUGGAAUGGGCUAUGCUUCGCUUUCGAUGGCGGUAGGGGCGAUUUACCUAUGGUCUUAUGUUUAUAAUAUCGUGAGAAUAUCGUCAAGUAAGAGCUCAAAGGAAGUUGAGAUUAACGAUUCCUCCGCCAGUAGAUCUCCGAGAGAAAGCUCUAUAUCACAACUUGGGACAUCAACAGAAUCACUACUUCCAUCGAAGGCCUUCAAUGGAUCCGAGUCCCCACCUGAACAGCUUGAGCUUCCUUCCACUAGAUUUGAUCACAAAACUCAGAUGCAGCCUGGGACUAAAUUUAAGCAGUACAUGGAGAUUAUUUCAAGAAAGAUCAACCUGAAGAGGUUAUUAGCCCCUUCUACCACUGGAGCGCUUGCAGGUUUUAUAGUUGGACUUAUACCUCAGAUAAGAAAGCUGAUGAUUGGUGAUGUAGCGCCUCUUCAUGUGAUCGAAGAUACAGCUAUUUUACUUGGGGAUGGAGCCAUCCCGCUUCUAACCCUGAUCAUGGGAGGUAACCUUUUGAAGGGUUUGACGGGUUCAGGAAUUCAGAAAUCCCUGCUGGUUGGCAUUAUUGGUGUCAGAUAUAUUGCCCUGCCUCUGAUUGGUAUUGCUGUAGUCAAAGGAGCUAUUCACUUGGGCUUGGUGCAACAUGAUCCUUUAUAUCAAUUUGUUCUUCUACUUCAAUUUGCACUUCCACCAGCAAUGAACAUUGGCACCAUAACACAGUUAUUUGGAGCUGGUGAGAGCGAGUGUUCAGUAAUUAUGUUUUGGGCUUAUGCAUUGGCUUCAGUAUCGCUUACUCUGUGGACUACAUUCUUCAUGUGGCUUGUAGCUUGACUUCAUUUUUAUAUCAGACGUAUUCAAGUUUACAUGGCAUGUCCAGUGUUCUAUUUUGACGAAA